GGGCCAGCCGCGGGUCCAGCGCGCCGAUCCAAGAACGGCAACUGCGUCUUCCGAAAUACGCCGAAGCGCAGCUAUUUCGUAAGCGUUGGAUUUGGAUGAAGAAAGCGGCAAAAGAAAGCGAGGAGGAGCCGAAGCCGGGGUUAAGCUCAUGUGACCGCUGGCGGCACAGGGCUGGAGCUGCUGAGAAGUAGCCGUAACUGCUGCCGCUUUUGCCCGUUUUUGGAACUGGGUAACAAGCGAGAGGCCGAAGGAUUCGCUCCUCUCAAGGAUGCGAAGCUGCCUCGCUCCAAACAGAUGAUGGCGAUACGAGAGCUGAAAGUCUGUCUGCUUGGAGAUACUGGAGUUGGCAAAUCAAGUAUAGUUUGUCGAUUUGUUCAAGAUCAUUUUGACCACAAUAUUAGCGUUACUGUUGGAGCUGCUUUUAUGACUAAAACAGUCCCCUGUGGGAAUGAACUUCAUAAAUUUCUGAUCUGGGACACAGCAGGUCAGGAGAGGUUUCAUUCACUGGCACCUAUGUACUAUCGUGGAUCAGCGGCAGCUAUUAUAGUUUACGACAUAACUAACCAGGAUUCAUUCCAUAUACUGAAGAAGUGGGUAAAAGAAUUAAAAGAACGUGGUCCUGAAAACAUUGUAAUGGCUAUCGUUGGAAACAAGUGUGACCUUUCUGAUAUUAGGGAGGUACCUAUGAAAGAUGCCAAAGAAUAUGCAGAAUCUAUAGGUGCAAUUGUUGUUGAGACUAGUGCCAAAAACGCAAUUAACAUUGAAGAACUCUUUCAAGCAAUCAGCCAGCAGAUUCCACCUUUCGAAACUCAUGAAAAUGGCAACAGUAGAACAAUCAAACUCAGGAAGCAGACAGCUCAGACAACACGAAGAUGCUGUUAAACCAGAACUGGUUUGAUGCACUUGAAAAUAAAACAAGAUCAUUUAUUUAUUGAACCACGGACUUCAGAAAGCCAACAACAUGGUGCACUCUCUAAAAACAGUAGUAUCAGUAUUCUUUAUUGAUGGGAUUAGUAGGAGAAAAAUAUCUUUCUAAUGAAUUCUGCAGAAUUAUGCAGACAAUUCGUUUAAGCAGUAAACUGGUUGAAACAAUGACUCAAAUUAUUUGGAAUAAUUUGUUUAAACCGUUGACUAUUCUAAAGAAGCAAUAACAAUUUUUUUACAAAUCGU